ACUGCUUGCUGGAAAGGACGCCGUUUCCCUUUAAAUCCUACUCCCAGGCGACCCCCCUCAAGCCUCUUUAUCCUCUGCCCUAAAGUCAUCACAAUGGCCAGAGUGGGUUCUGGCUGGGGGGCCUCUGUGACAUCACCACGAUCCAGCCCUGCCUGGUCCCCUGUCUCCAGGUGCAAGAGCAUAGCAGCCCACUGCAAGCCACAUCCUGCCGCAUCUCUGCUCACCAUGCAGUCUCUGAAAUGGUGCUUGUUCUUGCCUCUGUGUCUCUCCUGUGGCUAUGCCUUUAUGUUUUCUUCUCUGAGAGAUAAACCCAAAGAAACCCAGGGGAAGGUGCCCUGCGGAGGGCACUUUCGAAUUCGGCAGAAUCUACCGGAGCAUACCCAAAGUUGGCUUGGGAGCAAGUGGCUCUGGCUCAUUUUUAUUGUUGUGCUGUACGUGAUACUGAAGUUUCGAGGAGAUAGUGAGAAGAAUAAGGUGCAGACUCCUCCCACCCUUCGGGGCUGUACAUUUCGCCCUCCAGGAAGGAAAAACGCUUCUCUCAACAAAGACUAUGCAUUCAGUACCUUAACCCAGCUCGAGAUGGACCUUGUGAAAUUUGUGUCCAGGGUGCGGAAUCUGAAAGUCACCAUGGCAACCGGAGGUCACUUCAGGCUUCAGAACUUAGGGGGUGCAGACCCACACCGUAACGUUACAAUAUAUGAGAUUUGGGGCGAAGAAGACUCUGCCGAUUGAGUGGGUUUGUGUGUCCAAAUAGGAAAGGAAAAGUUGGGUACUGACAAACUGUAUCCAAACUAUAAAACUGUUGUGAAGAAAAGCA